GAAUGUUGUGACCUGACGUCAGCCGGGCGAGUUACCUCCCCGAGCCUCCGUCGCCGGGCUCAGCGCGAGCCUCGGAGCCCUUGAGCGCGAGGCGCGGAGCCCCCGGAGCCCCCGCACCGCAGCCACAUCCCCGCGUCGCGCGCCCCAGAGCCCCGGCCUGCGCGCCCCGCCGGGCCGGCGCGAUGCCCUCAGACCGGCCUUUCAAGCAGCGGCGGAGCUUUGCCGACCGCUGUAAAGAGGUGCAGCAGAUCCGCGAGCAGCACCCCAGCAAAAUCCCGGUAAUCAUCGAGCGCUACAAGGGUGAGAAGCAGCUGCCUGUCCUGGACAAGACCAAGUUCCUGGUCCCGGACCAUGUCAACAUGAGCGAGUUGGUCAAGAUCAUCCGGCGCCGCCUGCAGCUGAACCCCACGCAGGCCUUCUUCCUGCUGGUGAACCAGCACAGCAUGGUGAGCGUGUCCACGCCCAUCGCCGACAUCUAUGAGCAGGAGAAGGACGAUGACGGCUUCCUCUACAUGGUCUACGCCUCCCAGGAAACCUUCGGCUUCUGAGCCAGCAGCCCCUGCCUGUCUGCCCAUCUGUCCCUCCCUGACCUGAGGUGCUGCCCAUGCCUGGACCUGCCCACCCCUGAAGGACUGGCCCCUGGCUCACCCAGUCUUGACAUGGUGUAUGGAUCUGUGGUCGUUGUUCCUCUGCAGAAUAAAGAUUGCUCAGGCCUGCCUGGC